AUGGUCAAAUUGUACGAUCGUUUUUCUGAAAAGAAUAUGGCAUGAGCCGUAACCUGGAAGGAACAGAAGUUUCACCUGUUAUAUGGGGUGAACUUUAUGACUUGGUCAGCCUAUUUUCGAAAUCAUUAAUGGCACCAUCGGAUUACCGAGCGAACAACGUUUUCAAUUUUCAGACAAAAAAUCGUACGGAAUUCAACCCAUGUAUGGCUUGCGUUCACACCUAUGCAGUUUGUGUUUGAUCCGUUUCUACAGUGCUUUUUGCACAUGCGUUUUUUGCCGUGUUUUUGAUGCGUUUUUUUUAUUUUUCAACUUGUUGCUGGGCCGAAUAAAAUCUAAAAAAAAAAAAACAUCAAAAACGCA